AACAACAGAAAUGAAAGUGAAACUAGUUGACUUCUUGGAAGGUGAUCUGUGUAGUUUGUUUUGUAAUCAGGUCGUAUGUUACUAUUUAAAGUUAUCUGUUGUCGUUGACAGCACACAGUACAGAGAGAGAGCGAGAGAAAUUAGUGAGUAUACAAUAAGGAAUAAAAUAUGGAAAGCGACGACGAUCAUCUUGAGUGUGCAAUCUGUUUAGAGAUUUUUACCAAACCAAAGUUUCUACCAUGCUUUCAUACGUUUUGCCUGGACUGUCUUGAUCGGAUGAUUAAAGCUAACAAUCGUCUAACAUGUCCUCAGUGUCGAAAAGUCCAUAAAAUACCCCCUGGCGGAGCUUCGGAGCUUACAACAAAUUUCUUCGUAGAUGGUAAGUCGGAACAAAAGAGGAGACAAGGAUCCAGCUGUGACAGCUGCAAGAAGAAAGAUGCCAUAUGGUUUUGCACAAAUUGCGAACAUAAUUUGUGUGACAAUUGUAAAACAACACACGAUUCAUUUCCUGUCUGUAAAGAUCACUGUGUCCACAGUCUGAAUGAAGAAAUAUCUCUAGAGUCUGUUAACCAGUAUAGAUACUGCACGAAACACCCAAAAGAUAAAUUGGAGUUUUAUUGCAUGGACCGUUCCAAGCCGAUUUGUAUGAAAUGUAAGAUUAUAUCCCAUGGGACCCACACUGCUAAGGACCUUGACGAUGCCAAGGAGCUUGUCUUUGGAAGCUUGCAGGAUAAAUUGUUGUCUGCCCAAAAUAUGCUAUUACAAGAAAUCGUCAAAUGCGAAGAAUCAAAAACAGAUAGAAAGAAAAGAUCGGAGGAUCAAUGCCAAAAGAUUGACCAAAAAGCUAUGGAGAUAUUGCAGACGGUACAAUUAAUGCAGUGUAGGCUGAAGAAGUCGGUAAGUGAUAACCUUGAAACGGAAUUGAGUCAUCUAACUGAUGUAAUGGAAAAGUUACAGGGUUCACAAAAAGAUGCUCUUGUUGUUGCAGAGAAGCUUAAGAAAAUUCACACGUUGCAUAAAGUGGACAUGAUGGGAUUCAUACCCUUGUUGACAGAAGACAUCAAUGCCAUCUACAACAAGAGAAUCCCAUCUCGGUAUAUUAAGAACAUAGACUUCAACCCUAUCGAAGCAACCCCUCCUGCUGUCGAAGAUAUCUUUGGUAAAUUGAAUCGAACACAAAUAGGCGAAUUUCAAGAAAGGUUCAACGCUGAUUUCAAACUUGGGAAACACCGCUGGAGUCAUGUUUGUAAGAUAGGUAAUCAUUCGUUCAGACUGGAUGUUCACAGGUGGAAGGAUGAUAGAAAUAGGCCUCAUCCGGUUGAGCAGCUUGGCGUGUAUUGUAGUAUCGGGGAUAGAGAUCGCACUCCCGUAGAUGCAUUCAUUCAGGUCCAGCUCCUGAGAAAUGGUUCAGGUUGUGAUGACGCAAUGAUGAAAGAAGGGACGUUUACAUUUAAAACACCGAAAAGCUGCCAGGGAUGGAAACGAUUUAUAACAUGGAAACAAGUUAAUGACCCAGAGGAACGCUUUGUUUCAUUUGGAGAAAUGAUAUUUAAUGUUUUGAUAAAAGAAAUAUAAAUAUUGGAUAAACUCUGGUACUGUUUAACUGUGGAAAGCAACAUCUCAGUAAGACUGUGUGCGCCAUGAACUUUUAUUAAUAUACAGGUCACAAUUCUACGGAAUACAAUAACUGCUUAUUACAGAGCGACGUUUCGACUAGCUCGUUGCUUGAUAAUGCCUAGAGAAGCCUAGUCGAAACGUCGCUCAGUAAUAAGCAGUAAUUGUAUUCCAUAAAACUGUGGCCUGGAUACUCCAGUUGAAUUACUAAAUGCUAUUGAAACAACUUUAAUUAAGACCCCUUUUACUGCUCUCGUAUAUUUUCUUCUACCUGUCCGGUGCACCAUAGUUUGAUACAAGACAAAUCCCAGAUAUAUUUCAAUUUAAUGAAUAAAGUUGGUAAAUGUAAAUCCCCGCGCCCACCCGCGCAAUUAUUCAGAUUUUCUUGUAGGGCAUAAAUCGGUCGUAUAAACCACUAUUCAGCACUGAUUCUAUAGUAGAUAUUAUUUUAAAUUUGGGGGUGGGGCAAAUUGAUAGCAUUCCAAUUGUUCUGUAUAUGCAAGUUCAUGAUAUAUAUGUAUAAUACACGUGUAAUUACUAAUA